AUGCGGUUCCUGUGGGUGGCCACACUGGUCACUGCUCUGCCAUUUGUGCAGGGAGCAAGCAGCAUUGUCGAAACAAAAAGGCUCGGAAGACCCAGCAUCUGUCCUGAUCCAUGCUCUGACUACAAUUCGGGUCAGUGGUUCUUGUACACUUCCCCAUCCAAGGUUGCGGAAUGCAACCAAACGAUGCUCUUGGAUUUCACAAUCCAUAAGCCAUUGAACAGCAGCCUGUCGCAUCCUACCGUGCGCGCAUGCUUGACCUCUGGCCUUCAAUCCAUAUCUCACUCCGAUGUCGAAACUGGAACCUCGUGCAGAGGUGUUGCCAAACAGGCAUUUACCCAGGAGGUAGGGAUCACUGGAACUAGCUCCUCGUCUGAAGAGUCAAACCAAGGAGUUGAUGCUCUUGGGGACAUCCAAACCUAUAUGACUGGGAACUGUCUUAAAGGCUCCAUUUUUGCCGUUGCACGAAACACAGCUGCAGGAGUUUAUGUGGGCGGCAGUGUUUCCGAUCCUCGAAACAUCCAGGUUGCAAUUCAAACAACAAUCAGUUAUCUUGAGUCCAGCAAUCAGGCAAAUGCUGUGUUUCAAUUGUGUGGCUCAGACGCCAACAGCACCAUCGGUGUUGCUGUGAGUUUGACUGGUGACCUUUCUGCCGUUCAAGGUCACGUCCAGACAUGGAGCAACGGCCGUUGCAUCUCGGACCUUGCUGAGAGUAUACAAUCUCAAGCUUCAGUGUGGUCUACCCACAAUGUUUCUUCACAUGUUUAUCCAUCUUCAAACGGCACCAUUUCGUCUAGGUCUCCAAAACUGAAGCAGCCAUCCUAUCUUGACCGCCGGGCCACUUGCUCUACCAUACAGGUAAACCAGGGGGAUGGCUGCCCAGAACUAGCAACAAGGUGUGGUAUUAAUGCUGCCGACUUUACCACAUACAAUCCAGGUUCCGACCUAUGUUCAACUUUGAAAGCCGGUCAACACGUCUGCUGCUCAUCUGGUACUUUGCCCGACUACACUCCCUCUGAAUAUGCCAACGGAACUUGCUACACACAUUGGGUUCAGUCCGGCGACCUCUGCAGCUACCUUGCUGCAGCGUAUGAUUUGACUGAGGAUCUUAUUGAAGAAUACAAUACCGAUACAUGGGGUUGGUACGGCUGCGGUGACUUGCAACUCAACCAAGGAAUUUGUCUUUCUGAAGGCACUUCUCCACUGCCUGCUGCAGUCGCAAAUGCUGUCUGUGGACCGCAGGUGCCUGGAACCGAUUUCAGUGGCACUAGCGACGCAAAUGAUUGGGCCUUGCUGAAUCCUUGUCCUCUUAACGCUUGUUGUGACGCCUGGGGCCAAUGCGGAAUAACUCCCGAUUAUUGCAAUGGCACAUUGGCUUCGACAGGUGCCCCAGGAACCUCUCCUCCUAAUUCCAACGGAUGCGUUUCCAACUGUGGAACGGACAUCGUCAACAAUGAUUCUGGCCCCGAAUCCUAUAUGAGCGUCGGGUACUUUGAGGCUACGAAUGGUAACCGGCCCUGUCUCAACAUGAACGCAUUCAGCAUCAAUCCCGAUUCAUUUACCCACGUUCACUUUGGAUUCGCCAACAUCAGCUCCGAAUUUGAAAUCGAUAUUUCGGGCGCCGAAGAGCAGUUUACGUAUUUCCAAGAGCUAUCUAACGUCAAGCGAAUUGUGUCUUUUGGUGGUUGGGACUUCUCAACUGAUCCAGAUACAUAUGCAAUUUUCAGAGACGGUGUCACUGAAGCUAACCGUGGCACCCUCAUUGAUAAAAUUGUCUCUUUCGUUAUUGAAAAUGAUCUUGAUGGUGUCGAUUUUGACUGGGAGUACCCCGGAGAGCCCGAUAUCAAAGGCAUUCCUGCUGGUAGCGCGGAUGAUGGCACGAAUUAUCUGGCGUUCCUUUCAGACCUGCGAGAGCAGCUGCCGGGCUCAUCGAUCUCGAUCGCUGCUCCAGCAUCAUUCUAUUAUCUUCAAGGAUUCCCCAUUGCCAACAUCUCGGAAAUUGUUGACUACAUCGUCUACAUGGCAUACGACUUGCACGGAACAUGGGACCUUGGAAAUGCCUGGGCCCAGCCUGGUUGUUCAGCGGGCGACUGCCUAUUCUCCCACGUUAACUUGACAGAAACCAUGUGGUCCCUUGCCAUGAUCACCAAGGCGGGUGUUCAGGCUAAGAAAGUCACAGUGGGCGUUUCUAGCUACGGCCGAUCAUUUGAAAUGACAACGGAGGGCUGCACUGGCCCAUCAUGCACGUGGGAUGCUGCCGGCCUAGCUGGUGAAUGUACUGGCACGGCAGGAUAUCUUGCUAACGCUGAAAUCAACGAAAUCCUGAGCGAUAACCCCAGUGCGACCAAACUUUUCGAUUCAGGAAGUGAUUCUGACAUCCUGGUGUACAACGAGACUCAGUGGGUGGGAUACAUGACCAGCACGACCAAAAGCACCCGUGCGUCGUACUACAAAUCGCUGAAUUUUGCCGGUACCACUGAAUGGGCCAUAGAUCUAGAGACCUUCACGCCCUACGAUGCGGCUCAGCUAAAUCAAGAAUGGAGCACCAUCUCGAAGAGUUCCGGUCUCUCGAGUCUUGGCCAGUGUAUGACGCCAAAUCCACUGAACACGACUCAGGUUGCAAUGAUGUCUGAAUACCUCAAUCUUGGUCUAACAUAUAUUGACUAUGUAUUGAGCGGCUAUGAUGCGGACGUGGAAAACUGGCUUGACUCGGUGACAGGAACGAAAUACAAUACUGAGGGUUGCAUGGACUUUCCCACAGGGGUUUGCGAAAUGCCCAAUCCUUCUGACUGCAGUGACGGAACAACUCCUCCUGAAGUCUGGUGGGCGCAGAUCAUCGCGGCUACUUUCUACGCCAACCUCCAGCAAUAUUAUGCUGCGUUCCAACCCGCGUCAGCCAUUGCAACACUUGAAAUUCCCAGCAUCGCAUCGAACUUUACUCCCAAGGCGUCAAGUGCAUUCAACGUGGGCACUUUCUUUUCGGAUGUGGGAUCUGCUCUUGACAUCGGAGGCAAUUUCCUGGGCUCCGUGUCAGGAUAUGACGAGCUGAACGAGGCUGUUGGUAUGGCAAACACUUUCUGGGGUCUCUUAGAUACCAAUGGCCAGACUUUGCCCGAUGAGUCCACAAUUGAAGCAAUCCUGGAGAAGGUCAUGGAGAAUGUUUACAGCGCUGCUGUGACUACAUUCACCCAGGUUGCCACACACGCCUUCAUCUACCCUGGCAACUUGACCACGUACCCUUCAUAUCUGAUCAGCGGUCCCUACAACACCACUGUCGCCAAUUUCCUUUACAACAUGAAGCCCAUCUAUGUCGUCGACUCCGUCAACUGGGCAUCCAUGGCAACCAAGGUCAACUCAACGAUCCAACAAGCUCUUGCUGGUGCAGCGCUCGGAGCAGCAGACCACUACGUGAUCAAGUUCAGUGCUGAGCCCGAUGAUUGUACAAACACAGGUGACUACCUCAUUGAUAACAUCUGCUACUCGAUCGGCUGGCCUGGUGGUGAUACAUGCGAGUAUGGAUGGGGUGAUGGCAUAGCAAUUUCUCAGUCAACCCUCGACUCACUGGAUGACUACGACAUUGACAUCGAAAAAAUGAUUCUCUCCUCGGAAGCUUGUCAAAACAAGACAGGAUCUUAUUUCGGGGCCAUUGUUGGAGGGUCACCGCCAAACGUCACCGAUGGCUAUCCGGAUUGCUUUUUCAAUUUGCCUAUCCUGCAAAUGGAUCCAGCGGAUCUCACACUUACGGGCUAUGAUCAAAGCCCUUGUAACUAUCGUGCAUUAAACGGAUCUGCCAGUACACCAAUCGUUGGGCAAACCUAUCUGCCAGAUAAUUUGGUCGACUUUUUCGAUACGGACGCUUGUACCUGUGCAGGUGUAUACCCGGGAGGAGGUUCAGUGUGCAAGAGAGACCUGUAUGGCAGGACCGUGUGUUGA